AGCUUGGCCGUGUCUCCUCUUUGCAGGGGGCCCGAGAGACCUUUGAGAAUUACUACCGGAAGCAGAGGCGGAAGCAGGCCCGGCUGGUGCUGCAGCCCCCCUCCAACAUGCACGAAACGCUGGACGGCUAUCGGAAGUAUUUCAACCAGAUUGUGGGCUUCUUUGUCGUCGAAGACCACGUCCUGCAUACGACGCCGGGCCUGGUGGACAGAGCCUACCUGGAGGAGUUGUGGGACAUGGCCCUCUCCAAGACCAUCGCUGCCCUGCGGACUCAUUCGUCCUACUGCUCCGACCCCAACCUGGUCUUGGACCUGAAGAACCUCAUUGUGCUCUUUGCCGAUACGCUGCAGGCCUCUCCCCCUUCUUAUCAUUCUGGGGUUCUUCUGAUGCUUUUCUCAGUGAGGGAUUACCAGCAAGAUCUCCCACCCAGUGAUGAAGCUGCCGCAGGGGCCUUCAUGAAGCCACACAUGCCCGCCGGCAGCCUUGCUGCUGGAAAUCCGGGAUCAGUACAGCGAGACGCUGCUGAAGAAGUGGGCAGGAGUCUUCAGUCUGAAGACCUUCAUCUCAGCUCUACGGAGGUGGACGACAUGAUCCGGAAAUCUACCAAUCUGCUGCUGACUCGAACGCUGAGCCACUGUUUACAGAACGUCAUCAAGAGGAGGAACGUCGGCCUGACAGAGCUGGUCCAGAUUAUAAUUAACACAACACACUUGGAGAAAUCCUGCCAGUUCCUGGAGGAAUUCAUCACCAACAUUACCAAUGUCCUCCCAGAAACCGUCCACACAACGAAGCUGUAUGGAGCCACAACCUUCAAGGAUGCUCGCCAUGCCGCAGAGGAAGAGAUCUACACCAACUUGAAUCAGAAGAUAGACCAGUUCCUGCAGCUGGCGGAUUACGACUGGAUGGCUGCCGAGCCCAGUGCCGAGGCCAGUGACUACCUGGUGGACCUCAUCGCCUUUCUGCGGAGCACCUUUGCUGUCUUCACACACCUGCCAGGCAAGGUGGCCCAGACGGCCUGCAUGUCCGCCUGCAAACACUUGUCCACCUCCCUGAUGCAGCUGCUCUUGGAAGCGGAGGUGCGGCAGCUCUCGCUGGGGGCCUUGCGGCAGUUCAACCUGGACGUCGAGGAAUGUGAAGAGUUUGCCAGAUCCGGCCCAGUGCCUGGGUUCCAAGGGGACACGCUGCAGUUGGCCUUCAUCGACUUGAGACAACUCUUAGAUUUGUUCCUCGAGUGGGACUGGUCCACCUAUCUGGCCGAUUAUGGACAACCGACGUGCAAAUACCUCCGUGUGAACCCAACGACGGCGCUAAUCUUGCUGGAAAAGAUGAAGGACAGCAGUCGCAAGAACAACGUCUUUGCCCAGUUCCGGAAGAACGAGCGGGACAAGCAGAAGCUGAUUGAGGGCGUGGCCAAGCAGUUGCGCAGCCUCAUCAACAGCCACCACUCUUGA